AGGGUCGAAUGAAUUGAGGCCUGAGUGAUCGAGUUUCGUAAGGGAAGGCCAUAUGGGAACACUGCUAAAUUGUUCUCGGCCCUUGCUCUCCCUCAAUCUCUCUCGAAUUUCCCUGUCUAAGAGGAGGGUUCAUCUCCAAAACCACCAUUAUAACCACCUUAAGAGACUGCCCUUCAAUGGUUUCUUCUUCUCCAACUAUGACACCAAUCACAAACUCUGCUGGUUCAGUUCCCUACCAUCUCAACCUUCUGUUGAUAGCGACCAGCACAACGACAAUGGAGGGAAACCACAGAUGCCCAUUUCGGAGCUUUGGCUGCACAACACAAUGACCAGACAGAAAGAGCUUUUCAAGCCCAAGAUUCCUGGUAAAGUCGGCAUGUACGUCUGCGGUGUCACCGCCUACGACCUCAGUCACAUCGGCCAUGCUCGCGUUUACGUAACCUUCGAUAUACUCUACAGAUAUCUGGAGUAUUUGGGAUACGAAGUCUGUUACGUGCGCAACUUCACCGAUGUUGAUGACAAGAUUAUAACUAGAGCGAAUGAACUGGAGGAGGAUCCGUUAAGUUUGAGCAGACGUUUCUGCGAAGAGUUCCGUUAUGAUAUGGCCCAUCUUCACUGCCUUCCUCCUUCUGUGGAACCAUGCGUCUCUGAUCACAUGCCACAAAUCAUUGAUAUGAUUAAACAGAUUCUUGAUAAUGGUUGUGCCUACAGAGUUGAUGGAGAUGUGUACUUUUCUGUAGACAAAUUUCCUGGAUAUGGACGAUUAUCUGGCAGGAAAUUGGAAGAUAAUCGAGCAGGUGAAAGGGUAACAGUGGACUCCAGGAAACAAAAUCCUGCUGAUUUUGCUUUAUGGAAAUCUGCAAAGGAAGGGGAGCCAUUCUGGGAAAGUCCAUGGGGGCCUGGUAGGCCAGGCUGGCAUAUUGAGUGCAGUGCAAUGAGUGUUGCUUAUCUUGGUCACUCCUUUGAUAUACAUGGUGGAGGAAUGGACCUUGUAUUCCCCCAUCAUGAAAAUGAAAUUGCUCAAAGUUGUGCGGCUUGUAGCCAAAGCAAUAUAAGCUACUGGAUACAUAAUGGCUUUGUCACUAUUGACUCAGAGAAAAUGUCCAAGUCACUUGGUAACUUCUUCACAAUUCGGCAGGUAAUAGACCUAUACCAUCCACUGGCUUUGCGGCUUUUCUUGAUGGGGACCCACUACCGGUCUCCAAUAAACUAUUCAGACUCGCAGCUUGAAAGUGCUUCAGACCGGCUUUUCUACAUCUAUCAGACACUUCAUGAUUGUCAAGAGACUUUGUUCCAACAUAAUGGAACAUACCUGAAGGACUUUGUUCCACAUGAGAUAUGGAAUUGUGUUAAUAAGUUCCACGAUGACUUCAAGACCUGUAUGUCAGAUGACCUUCACACUCCUGUUGUUUUUGCUGCAUUGUCUGACCCAUUGAAAACCAUCAAUGAUCUCCUCCAUACUCGUAAGGGGAAGAAGCAGGAGUGCCGUAUUGAGUCACUUUCUGCUCUGGAGAAAGAAACUAGAAGAGUUUUGACUGUUCUUGGACUGAUGCCGACGAGUUAUUCUGAGGUUUUGCAGCAGUUGAGAGAGAAGGCAUUGAAACGGGCAGGGUUGACAGAAGAUCAAGUUUUACAGAGAAUUGUUGAAAGAACUGCAGCAAGGAAAAAUAAGGAGUUUGAGAAAUCAGAUGCAAUCAGAAAAGACUUGGCUGCUGUGGGUAUUGCACUGAUGGACAGCCCUAAUGGGACAAUUUGGAGACCAGCAGUACCUCUUGCAUUGCAAGAGUAUCAGCAGGUCAUUUCUUGAAUUGCUUCUGGGCUCAAGAUCUUCAAUACUUUAAAUGGAGCAUAUCAGGUUUUUUACUGCAGCAGAAUGAUAAGUUACUUUUGGAGUUUUGCAGAACUAGAAGUUUAUUUUGGAGUUUUCUCAUAUUAGAUGAAGGUAGAUGGGUAACUUUUUUUCUAAAUUUGUAAAUCCAAUUUUGGGGGAUAUUUUCAGUUGGAAAAGAAAGUAUGCACAAAACCGAGUGUUUUGCACAAAUUCUUAAAUGUAUUGCUUUAGAGGUGAUGAAAAUGUCUCAUUCUUUUGAUAUUCAAAGUCACUUUUCAGUUUACAACAUGUGCUGUCUCAUGAAUUUGGCAAAAUUUAUAAAGGUUGAAAAGCCAUUGCUAAUAA